GUUAUGUGUAACUGUAAGAGCGAUUUUCACGAGAAAAGAAGAAUUGCCUGUGUGUUUUGAAUGAUUUGAUAAAUAACUUCGUCUCUGAAUAUAGCCGGGAUAGAUUCAGUCGUCAUAGUUGGUGGAUUCAAAGACGAAUAACUCAACUGAGGAAGAUUGCAUUGGCAAACAAUUCCGACGGGCCAGUUGUCAGGAGAAACAUCCACUUUCAGUAAAUCAUAUGCAACAUUGUUGGCGAUCUUCUAAGUUCACUUUAGCCUGGAACUAGGAUAGCUAUGAUGGCUGACGUGACAGAUGCCACAGAAGUUCGUGAAAAUUUCAAGCAUGUUGUUUUGAAAACAAAACUCAAAGAUGUGGAAAAGAUCUUUGGCUGGCUUGCUGAUGAUUUGUACAGCCGAAAGGAAAAGAUGGAGCGUGUUAUCGUUUACUGCCAGUCUAGAGCAACUUGUGUCGAACUUUACUCUAUUUUCGACAGCAAGACUCCACCUGUGGAUCCGAAAUUUUUCAGUAUGUUUCAUGAAAAUACACACAGUGAUGUCAAGGAAGAGGUUCAACACAGUUUUUCAGACCCCGAGGGAGCUUGUCGUAUUCUCUUUGCGACAAUGGACUUUGGACAGGGGACUGAUAUAAAAGGGACCCACAAUGUUGUCGUUUUGGGUGCACCAAACGAACUUGCCGACUAUGUGCAACUGAGUGGUAGAGUAGGGCAUGAUGGCCAACAGGGUUCAUCAAUCCUCAUAAAGUACCGAAGACACAGACAAACACCACUUCAGAAGCAGAUGGAAGAGUUCCUUGACACCUCACAAUGUAGGAGAGGCGUGCUACAAGCAGCAUUUCCUGUAGCCGCAGGCUCACAAGAAGUUAAAGAAAUUGUGCCGCAUAACUGUUGCGAUAACUGCGCAUCUAACUGCAACUGUGGGGAUGAUUCUUGCUCUGCCUGUCCAAGCUACUUGGAGGAAAACUUCAUAAAGAAUCUAGAGGCGGCUAACGGUUUUGAAAUAGUUACUCGUUCGGUAUCAGAAGACCAAUGCACGUCAGUACAAAACAGUCUCCAAGAGUUAAGAGAUGAACUGGUUGGACCUUGCAAGCAUCUAUACACUGGAGAUCUAGGCUGUGGCCUGGCAACCUAUACAGUAAACCAAAUCUUAGAUGAGCUAUCUUUUUCAUUUUCUUAUUCACAAUUCUGUGAAAGAUAUUUCUUUGGUACUAAAGUAAUAAGAGAGCGUGUCUGGGCGAUUGUUAAUACCAAUCUAGUCGGUUCAUCACCUACAGGCAGUGCAUUUGUAGCAGCUAGCAACGACGACUCUAGUGAUGACGAAGAUGAGGCAGACGAGGACGAAUAUACCAAAGCAUGUUUAGGAUACACUGACAGCGAGACUGACAGCGAGUGUGAUAGCGAGGCUGAGAGUGAUAGUGAGGCUGAGAGUGACAGCGGGGCUGAGUGUGAUUGAGGCAUUUCAACGUUGAUCUGUGUUAUUUAAAGGAUUUGGGUACUUUUUCAAAAUGUCCGUAGAUUUACAUUAAACUUACAGGGUUUGAAGAU